AUGGCCGUUCGCAGUGCUUUUGACCCCAAGGACAUGCCCUUCAGGCACCUGGGCCCCACCGGCCUGAAGGUUUCCGUCUUCUCUCUCGGCGGCUGGCUGACCUACGGCGGCACCCAGAAGGGCAGCAUUGUCAAGGACUGCAUGCAGGCCGCCUGGGACAACGGCAUCAACUUCUUCGACACGGCCGAGGUCUACGCUAACGGCCAGUGCGAGAUUGAAAUGGGCGAGGCCCUGAAGGAGCUCGACUGGCCCAGGGACGAGUACGUCCUGUCCACCAAGGUGUUCUUCGGCACUGGCAGGAAGGAGCCCAACACCCGCGGUCUCUCGCGCAAGCACGUCGUCGAGGGUCUGAAGUCUUGCCUGGAGCGCCUGCAGCAGCCUUACGUCGACAUCGUCUUCGCUCACCGUCCCGACGUCGGCACUCCCAUGAAGGAGAUUGUCGAGGGCUUCACCCAGGUCAUCCGCAACCUGAACCUCGCCUAUUACUGGGGUACUUCUGAGUGGAGUGCUGUUCAGAUCACCGAGGCCACCUUGAUCGCCGAGAAGUACAACCUCAUCGCCCCUGUUGCCGAGCAGCCCCAGUACAACGCCUUCCACCGCGAGCGCUUCGAGCUCGAGUACGACCCUCUGUUCAAGCAGUUCGAGUACGGCACCACCAUCUGGAGCCCGCUCGCCUCGGGUCUCUUGACGGGCAAGUACAACGACGGCAUUCCCGAGGAUUCGCGCUUUGCCAACAACAAGGCCUUCUUCGAGAACACCAUCAAGUCGCUCAAGGAGCCCGAGGGUCAGGCCAAGAUCGAGAAGGUCAGGAAGCUGACCACCGUUGCCGAGCGUCUCGGUGGCACUCCCAGCCAGCUUGCCCUUGCCUGGGCCGCCAAGAACCCUAAUGUCAGCACUGUUAUCCUCGGCGCCACCAAGGUCGAGCAGAUCCACGACAACUGCAAGGCCCUGAAGCUCCUCGACAAGCUCACUCCCGAGGUUCUCGAGGAGAUUGAGCAGAUCCUGGACAACAAGCCCACCCCCAAGCCCACUUUCGGCAGGGACAGGUUGAGGCAAGCGAAGCUGUAA